AUACUUCAAAAGUCCAAGCAGUUCAGAACCAAGUAUUUUUGUAUCUCUUACAUAUUGAAUCAUACAGGCCAAAUUUUUUUUUAAUUUUUCCGUUUUGUUGAUCAAAAUAUAAUCGGUUACAAAUUCAACACUUUUUCUUCAGCAAAAUAACAUCAUGUCGGCUCCAGUUUGUGGUAAUAAUGCCUCAAAGCUGAGGUCCGAGGAAAAAGUUAAAAAGCCCGUACCCAUCGGUCCUUCUUGGGCUCUUACUUCCACCCUAGGCAGAGCCUAUCUUCCAGCUCCCACCGUUAAUCGUAGCUCCGAACCAACCACUCUCGAUACCAGUCCCAGUCGCAUCCCGACCAUCCGCAGACCCAGUUCCAUACCGACCAGAGCGUGCUCCGUGCCCUUGCUUCUAUCCUCCGAGAAUACAGUGGGCGAUCAUGAACGUAAGCCUGAAGUGGACAAGGACUCUGUCAAGUGGACUAAGUCAACGACAGAAUCUGUAAUCCAGCCGUCCUCGAGAAAGGAAAAAUCGCAUCAUCGGGUAAUCGAGUUGAACAAGGUGCGACUUUUGAAGUUGCAGCACAAGAAGCUGGAGAACUUGCAGACGGAGUUCAUGCAAAAAAUCCGCACCUUGGCAUUUCAAGGGGUUCAAAGAGACUACAAGUUUGUGGCCGUGGUGGUGAACGAGAACUGCAAAUUCGUGUUUCACGCCGACGAUCUGCACCGAUUGCCCAAGAAUCUUUAAACACUUAACUAAUCUGUGAAAUAUCGUAAAUUAAGAGCAAUCUUAAUUUUUAACCAA